AUGACGGCAAACGCUGGGGCUGGCCGUCGUUAGAAAUACAAAAUUCAGGAGCGCUUUAAAGCACUAGUUCACACCACUGUCCCCUUCAUAUGAGUUGCACGUGACGAAGGCGCGUCUGUUUCACUGCCUGGAUAUUUUUCCUUCCCCCAACCCCCAUACCAGUUUAGCAGCUCGGAGGAGCAGCGGACGCCUGUGUUGGACGGUUCGAGUGAGUGAGUGAGAGCCUUUCCCACAGCGGUCCAGAACCUUCCAGCAGCCGCCUCCCGAGACGGAGCCCACUCCCGGCUCCUUAUGUCCCGUAAAGAAAACGACGCUGAGUACAGCUUAAGGGACCUGAGCGGAGAGCGGUGGAUCAGGCCGGAGGGGCAGCGGGAGGCGCUGGGCGAGCGGACUCUGAUCAGACCGGCAGACGGCGGCGGGAAUAACAACAACAACAACCGCUCGUUGGCGGCCAUGGCAACCGGGGCGGGGGGCGAGCUGGAGCGGGCCGCCCGGAGGCAGUUCCAAGGCAGCGAUAACCCCCGGUUCGUCUACGUCCUCGCCACGUUCGCGGCCCUGGGCGGAUUCCUGUUCGGCUACGACACCGGAGUCGUGUCGGGCGCUCUGUUGCUGCUCAAGAAAGAGUUCGCCCUCAACGAGCUGUGGCAGGAGCUGGUGGUCUCGGCCACUGUGGGAGCGGCGGCCAUCUCGGCGCUGGCCGGAGGCCUCCUCAACGGCUACUGGGGCCGGAGACCUUGCAUCCUGCUGGCCAGCCUUCUCUUCACGGUGGGGGCGGCGGUGAUGACGGCUGCCAGCGACCGCUACACCUUGUUGUCCGGACGCGUCGUGGUGGGAUUAGGCAUCGGACUGGCUUCCAUGACUGUGACAGUAUACAUUGCAGAGGCUGCACCUUCCCAUCUCCGAGGACGAUUAGUUACCAUUAACACCCUUUUCAUUACUGGAGGACAAUUUUUUGCAAGUGUCAUUGAUGGAGCAUUUAGCUACCUUGAAGCAAAUGGCUGGAGAUACAUGCUUGGUCUUUCAGCUGUCCCAGCCAUUAUCCAGUUCGUGGGAUUCCUUUUCCUUCCAGAAAGUCCACGAUGGCUAAUGCAAAAAGGCAAGACACAGAAAGCACGCAGAGUCCUGAGUCAGAUUCGUGGAACCCAAAAUAUUGAUGAUGAGUAUGAGUGCAUCAAAAAUAGCAUUGAGGAAGAAGAGAGAGAAGCAGGAGGAGGUGAUACUGUAUUGUGGAAGAUGGUAACCUACCCUCCAACCCGUAGAGCGCUGAUAGUUGGAUGUGGAUUACAGCUCAUUCAGCAACUUUCUGGUAUCAACACAGUAAUGUAUUACAGUGCUACCAUUUUACAGAUGUCAGGAGUCCAAGAUGACACAUCAGCAAUCUGGUUGGCAGCAGUGACAGCAUUCACAAACUUCCUUUUUACAUUGGUUGGAGUUUGGCUGGUUGAGAAGGUAGGACGCAGAAAGCUCACCCUGGGCAGUCUCACAGGAACAGCAUUGAGCCUUGUGAUUCUAGCAGUUGGAUUUUUGUUAUCAGCCCGAGCCUCACCAUCUAUAACUCUCCAUCCCAGAGACCCUUCAGGCCAUAAUGGCAGUUGUGUUCAAUACAAAUCUUGUAACAAUUGUAUGUUGGACCCAAACUGUGGCUUCUGUUUUAAAAUGGAAAGUCCCAAUGUUACUGAGUCAUCCUGUGUUCCUGUGAGCAACAAGUCUGAAGCAGUGGCUGCCUGGGGCAGAUGCAGCAAUGUGUCAGAGUUUAAGAAAGAAGGAUUAUUUUGGGCAUACAACUUCUGCCCCACAGUAUAUUCCUGGACUGCGUUAUUGGGUCUUAUCCUAUACCUUGUCUUUUUUGCACCCGGAAUGGGUUCUAUGCCUUGGACAAUAAAUUCUGAAAUAUAUCCAAUGUGGGCACGAAGUACAGGGAAUGCUUGUUCUUCUGGAGUCAACUGGAUUUUCAAUGUCCUUGUGUCAGUGUCAUUUUUGCAUUUGGCACAACAUCUUACUUAUUAUGGUACUUUCUUUUUGUAUUCCGGACUAACCACCUUGGGGUUGUUCUUCGUCUAUGGAUGCCUUCCAGAAACUAAAGGAAUAAAGUUGGAGGAAAUUGAGAGCUUGUUUGAGAACAGGCUAUGUACAUGUGGCCUUUUGGAUUCUGAUGAAGCUUCUAGUCCACUUUGUCAAAGAAUUGAAAGUGAAGAUGACAUUAUAUGGUACACAGGUGGGCAAACAAACAUGUAUUCUGAAUUUAAUGAUUUGCUGCUGACAUUAGGUUCUAUGUCUAUCAUUGAAGUGAAGAUAAAAGAUGUAGCGUAAAAACAUUUUAGAUUAUCUUGGUAUAAUAUUUUACAUCCAAAUAAUUCUCAAAUAUAACCUUUUGAAAUAAGGCAGCCAUAUUAGCUUGGGCAGUUUACUAGUAUGUGGUAUGCUACAGCAAUAUUAUUCGCAGUAGCCUGGUGAUGUCGUGUAUUAGUCUACCAAUAUUCUGUGACACGUAGGAUGUUUAUAUUUUUCUCCCUCUUGGCAAAAACAGAUCUUGUCUAGGUCUUCAAUAAGUUGAGGAAUUUUCUCAAGCAAGAGAAUGAUCAAGUUUGUCAACUUCACCCACUCACAUAAAUCUAGAGGUCAGAUACAGAACAAGUUGGCAAGAAACGUGCUUGUCUAGCAUCUUGAGAGUGAAUGUUUUAUGAACCUAAAUUUAGUAGAAUAUAAUUUUUAGCUUUGAAAGAGGAGGGGUUUGUUAAAAGAAUUACUUAAAAAGUCUACGUAUUAAUUGUGGUCAAAAAUUGCAUUUCUAGUGCCUAACACCAUUGGCACAUAGUCCAUUAUGGAUUUAAAUGUGGAAAACCCAUUUUAACACAACUUUUAUGUACGUUUUUGUUAAAGUAAUUUUUCAGUUUUCUCUCAAUUUAGUAAAACGCAUUUCACUACUCUGAGCAGAAUUUUAUAGCUCCGGUGUGGCAGGGGUGGGGUUGGGAAAUAUGGCAAGCCAUUCAAAACUCCACUUAAUUCGGCAGGACCAGAAAAUCCCGCCAGCGGGAAGGACCAUAAAUUUCUGCCCAAUGCUGCAAAUAGUCUUAAAAAUAUCUGUAACCAUAGAACUGAACCCAUUUAUUAUGUUAGAAAACUGAUAUUUAUUAAUGUUUUUGAGGUUUUGUUUGAAUAGAUUUCUGUGAAAUUUAAUAUUAGCGGUGCCCAAAUACAUUAUUACAAAAUCUAUAUUUUUCUAAAAUCACAGAAAUACAGCAAACGGUUUUUAUCUUCGAUUGGUUCUAUUAAUUUGCUUAUCUAGAAAUAUUUUUUCAGCAUGCAAUUUGCACUGGUGGUGGUGUUUGCAGUUGCUAUAUCUAAGUUAGCACACGUGGCCUUUUAAUGUUCUAACAGUGCCAGCAAUCAUUUUACAGUGCUUGUGAGGGCUAAUAGUUUGAAUUGGAGCAGCAUCUGAUUGUAGCAGCUCUGUAAGUGUUUCCCAGUGACUUAUAGGGACCAAAGAGAGAGUAAAACAAGUAUUCAUUGGAUCAGGGUACGCAUUUUCAUAUUUUUCAUUUUAUGCACAUAUUUUGUGAUCUGAUUAGAGAUUCAUAUUUUAUUGGAAUUGGAGGCCAACCAUCUAGUUAACUUUUUACCAAAGAAUGGUUUUCUUAAACUUUGGGCACUCCAUCAUCUGUUCUCCUUUUUGUAGUGAAAAAUGCACACGUAGAAGUAAUUGUGAAAAAAAGUAUGCCUUAUUUAAAUGUAAUGGAGAAACUACAUUGCUAUAUCCCUCAGAGGUAGAUCGUUUUUUAGUAUAGAAUCAGUGUUGACUUAGUAUAGUAAAAUAUUAUAUAGCAA